AACUUCCAUGGCAACUGUUGACCUCUGUACCUACUGUUUGAAAAUCUGAUCUUUGUCGAUUUGUCACUGACUUUCCCAGUUAACUAUGACUUCCCUUGUGCCUAGAAGCUACCUUGCAUCUCAAGAAAACCAGCAAAGCAAAAUGAAGUCUGGAACUAAGCAAGGCCCAGGGGGCUCUGGUAGACUGGCUCAGAAGCAGAUGACAGAGUCUACUCCAGGCUCGAGACAAGCUCUGAGAUCACUGAGUAACUCCAUUAGCGUGCAAUCCUCAAAAACAAAUACAACAAAACUGACUAAGAGUACUGUCCCGCUGAAAUCUGUCGUCAAACCUGGAUCGUCUAAGAAGACCCAUAAGAAGAUCGUAGCUUCCACUAUGCAUGUGACAACACCAUCAGUUAUUGACGAGUUUCCUGAAAUUGAGAGCCUCCCUAAACUAGACGAUGACAUAUUCUCUCCAUUUGUGGAGCCGUCAUAUUUCAAGGCACUCACUGACUCCCUCAAAUACACCACCGUGACACCAGCACCAUCGACAAGUCUUGCUAACAUCCGCUCUGGCAUUCUCACCACCAGGCUGACCCUACAACAGAGACCCACGGAAAAUCAAUGGGAAGAGAUUAUGGAUUGUGUUGAGUCAGCAGAAGAGCCAAGCACACCAUUACUGGAUCCUCUGCCACCCCUGCCAGACUUUGAUUGGUAAACUCAGUAAUGUCAGAACUAACCAACUACCACCAUUCAGUACCUGUGCACUUGCUCAAACCUUCCACACACUUGUUUAUUCUUUUACUUUCUGUAAAAGUGUUUUAUUGUCUCGAUUCUGUGAUAUAAUUUUGAA